AUGGUGCGGGACUCCAAGAAGAAGGGUGUGGAGGAGAGCGACCAGACAGCGAGGCUCACCGACGAUCUCCUCGUCAAGGUCAUCUCGCGCGUCCCCUACAAGUUCACCUGCGGCUGCAAGUGCGUCUCCACGCGCUGGCGCGACCUCAUCUCCCAUCCCGACCACCGCAAAAAGAUGCCCCGGUCCCUCGCCGGAUUCUUCUAUGAAGUCAAGGGGGUUCGCUAUUUCACCAACGUCUCAGGAAAAGGCGACCCUCUCGUUGACCUGUCCCUCUCGUUCCUGCCGAGAUAUCACAGCCUUGACAUCUUGGACUGCUGCAAUGGUCUCCUCCUCUGCCGCUGCUGGAAGGCGACUGAUCCUGGCUAA